GCGUCCGCCUCGACAUCUACGACGACAGCACCGCCACGAACCUCGCGCGUGUGUCCAUCUGUGGCGCCAAGGCUCGUGGCCGGGCAGCCGCUGCCGCAGCCCCUGGUGACCACGAAUCGCUCCAGAGCGCCUUCGCGCUCCCGCUCUCUAGGGCUGGAGCCGACCACGGGGAUGAGGCUGCCAAGCGUGAAGGCGACAGGCUGGAGCAUGGAGCAACCUCGGCCACACCUGGACUCUCCAGCCAGGUAGCAACGCGACCAGAAGUGGCUAACAUUUUCGACGAAGUUCACCCUGUCACGCCGCUCGCAGCUAAACGGGACCUGCAUGAUCCCGGCAGCGCAGGUGUCGUCCCCGCCGAGGACUUUGCCGGCGAGAAGGCGAACGAGUCCGACAAGAUGAGCCUCUCAAAGGUUCCAGAGUUCUCCUUCACAGCGCUGAAAUCAACACUUGAGGGCGACGAGAGUCAGCCCGACGGCAACGCUGGUCCUAGGGACAUCGCUGAGGACCAUCCUGUGUUCCAAUCGGUGGGUGGAAUGCGUGCAGACCUGAUCAAGUAG